UAAAAUAAAACCCAGCGAAAACAACAACAACAAUGCAGCUCCUUUAGAUUGGGACCUUGGAAAGGAAUGGUUUGUUUUCUUCAUCUUGGUUAGUCCUGCCUAAGAGGGCCACCUGUCUUAUAUGGCCACUUUUCUCCUUGACAAUGGGUGGCCGUCUUACACAGGUUCGACUGUAAUUAUAAAUGACGGAUCGUUAUAAGACGAAACAGUACUGAAGCACCCUGUCACUGCUGAUAUAUCGGCGAUACAUCCGCAAGGGGUGUGGACUAAGCCCGUGAUAAAGCCCGGCCCGAGAUCGAUCGGCCCGAUCAUAGUCAUGUGAUCACGGGCCCGGGCCAUUUCAGAGAGCCCGAAACGGGCCGAUCAGUCACUCACUUUGGCUCGAUUCAAUUGGCUUUUUUUUACUAAUUUCUUAAUUGACCAAAAAAAAAAAAGAAGAAAAAAGCAAAGCAACUUUUCUCAAGGAUGCGAGGUUUGAUUUUUGCAUUGUUGUACAGUACCUUUCUGACUGUGUUAACGCUGAUCGGGCUGACCCAGCCCGUGCGCUGUCUGCGCGCUGCACCGCACUGUACUCUGAUCGCACUAAACGGGCCGGGCCGGUGUAACGGGCUUUUCGUUCCAUUUUAAAAAUGUGAAGGGUGUGAGAUUCUACUUUGAUUCUUUCGAAAGUUUGCACAAUGGCAUACUACUGGAUGAAACAACCUGCUGUGGUUUAGUUUUUUAUACAAUCUUAAUUAAUCUAUAGCACUCUCAACACAUGCGCUUUACUUAUUUAUAGAAAUAUGUAACCUUGCUUUGUGCAGUAAUGUAGGAGAGGAACCUAUCUGUAUAAACACCGGAUGCACUGGCUAGCCAAUUAGAUUGGCCCAAUCUAGGCCUAGCGUUGAAAGUUGAAAGUAGACUAGGCCAAGGGUUUUUGAAAAAUACGACCGGAGCGGAAACUGAAACUAAAAGUUAUCGCACGCGUACUGACGCGUAGAACUAGCAGGAUUCAAACUGAAACCGAUUUACGGAAACCACCGCCGGUCUUUCUUUUCUUUUUGUUUGUAUUUCCAAAUAAAAAUAAAAGUAAAAGAGAAAAAAAAAAACUUUUAAAAAAAAGUUUAAUAAACUCCACGGAGAAAAAUAUUGCAGGAAAAACAGAAACGCGCACACCAAGGCCCGAGGCAGCCCAUGGCCCGUUAUUUCGAGCCUCGUGCAGUGCGUGCACAGAUUGCCCAGUGCCUUGGUGCGAGUCGCGUAAGCCUAUUCGCUCGACCCGAGCCCGGCCCGGGCCAAAUGGGCCCAAGCGUGAUCGGCCCGACAGCCCGCGGGCCUUAAAGUUUUUUUAUCGGCGCGGGCUUAGUGUGGACUCGCACGGAUAUAUCGGCGAUACGUUCGGAAAGAGUUUAAACCAGUGCCCACCUGUUGCUGUCGGCGGUGCAGCAUAUCUACACUUCUUUUCGGAUAUAGAAAUAGGCAGCAUUUUUGUGGCCAGAAGGUGCCCUAUGCCGCAUCAAUACUGAGUUGUCCCUGUCGAGGUGCUAAGGAGUUUGACUACCACUGUAACCAUAGGUACAAGUAGCCUCUCUGAGAAGUAAGUGCAGUUUUAAAGGAUUGGCGUGGUUCUGUUUUUGACAGAAAGCCUACCAAUUCUCUUUAGGGGUGAUUCCAACAGGAGCGGCUUUACGUGCCCUCCUGAGCCAUUGCGACCUGAGGAAGCCUUAAGGGGAGUGACCAGACACUUGAGUGGCACCACUACUACAAAGGAGUGGUCCACCCCAGCGUUCUUCAUUAAGACUGAGCCAUUGUAGAGAAGAUCAUCGACCAUGAAGAUAUGGCGACUGAAUCGUUUCCUGCUCCGAACGCCAGUGGACACCAAGUGCGCCUCUCGCUCCUUCCUCCCAGCACUGGUGGGUCUGUGUCUGGGCAUCACAGUAAGCAUGAUGUACGCGCCGUUCAGCGAGGACAGCUGUGAGACGUUCCUUGCCCGGCAGGACCCACAGAAAAUGAUAAAACUUAGGGAGACCAAGUCACUGGAUUCGGGCAAAGAGGAGGAGAUGUACGAGCCGCGACAGCUGGAGGUCCCUGCUGACAGCGCCAACUACAAGCUGGACUCGAAAGCAGGAUCCAAAUUCUACCGUCCAAAAUUUGCCGCCACUGAGCUAGGUAUACGCGAGAAGCUUCUGGUGGCCGUUCUGUCCUCUAAGGACUCGCUCAACACACGGGCUGUGGCCCUGAACAAGACUUUGGCUCACUUCGUGACCCGCACGGUUUUCUUCAUCGACCAGAAGGCUUCGGUGCCGCCGCCGCCAGGCAUGCUCAUUGUGAAUUUUUCGGACGGCUACAACCACUUGUUGCCCAUAGCCGUCCUCAAGUAUGUGAGUGCCAAAUACGGGCAUGACUACGACUACUUCAUGUUCAUCACUGAUCACGCCUACGUGCGGGCUGAAAAGAUCAUGGACCUUGUUACUCAUAUCAGUGUGAGCAAGCACGUGCAUCUAGGCUCGCCCAGAGGUGUGGAGCAGGGGAGUACGUACUGCUCUCUGGACGGGGGAGUCAUCCUCUCACAGUCCAUUCUGUCUGUGGUGAAUGCCACAGCGAACAUGAAGUGGUGCUCGGACAAAUGUCAUCACUCGGACCAGAGCCUCAACCUAGGCAAGUGUGUGCUGCACACAGCUCAGAUGGAAUGUCAAGCAACUGUGGCAGGUAAACAAUACACAAGCCACCCUGUGAAAGAUUUCAAUUUUGAUCGUGACAUUGAGGCUCUCAGGGAACAAACUGAGUUCAACAAGUCCAUCUCUGUGUUCCCCAUGCCUGAUGAAAGGACUCACUUCAAACUACACAGGUAUUUCUGUGAAGUGGAGCUCAACGCGACCUUUUACGAAAUCCAAGAAAUGAAGGAUAAUAUCCUGUACAUGAGCCAGUUUGCCCCUGGUGGCCGUGACAGUGUCUCCUGGCCAGUAGGUGUUCCAGAGUCAUAUAAACCCAAGAACCGUUUUGAUGUGAUCCGCUGGGACUAUUUCACAGAGACACACAUCUUUUUCCAAGACGAUUUCACUAAUGUGAAGGAACUUGUUGGUGUGGACAAGCUGGACAUCCAGGACAUCAUCAAAGUGUCAAUGGAGAAACUGAAUGCCAAGCAUAACAACAUCUACCUGUAUUCGUAUCUCAUCAAUGGCUACCGACGCUUUGACCCACAACGAGGAAUGGAGUAUAUACUUGACCUUGCUCUGGAAGACACUUCUAUCGUUUCGGAGGAUGGCAGUAAUAAUGACCGUGUUGUGGAAAAACGAGUUUUCCUGGUGCGACCUCUGGGAGAGGUGGAGGUGGUACCUAUGCCGUAUGUCACUGAAAAUACCAAAAUUCGCCUGGUGCUGCCUAUCACAAUGCAUGACACUGACGGGUGGGGUUUAUUCGUUGAGAACUACUCAAAGAUUAAGACUGAAGCAGGCAGUAUUAUGUCUCUCAUCGUUGUCUUCAUUUAUGAUGAAGCCCCAAAGGCAGGGCAGGAAGACCGCUUCUCUGUAUUACGCUCCAUGCUCAGCUACUAUGACGGCAAGAAUGAUGCUGACACCAAGUCCAUAGCACUCACUGUUGUCAGCAAUAAGACUUAUGUCUCUGAGCUGACCAUCAUAGACAUGGUGAGCAGUCAUAAAAGUGUGAGUGAUGAUACACUACUCUUCAUGUGUACGGUUGGCAUGCAGCUGAAUAUGGAGAUGCUGAACCGUGUGCGGAUCAACACCAUCCCCGGCUGGCAAGUGUUCUUCCCCGUUGGCUUCUGGCAGUUCAAGCCCAAUCUGAUCUAUGACAAGAAACCAUACCCCACAGACAUUGACUUUAACAGCAAGACCGGUCACUACGAUGUACUGUCUUACGAGCAUGGCAGCUUCUACAAUUCUGACUACAAAGAAGCUCGGAAAUCGUUAACGGGCAGUGAACUGGCUAGCUUUGACAUAUUCGAAAUGUUUGUAAAUUUUGGCAAGCUGCACGUAUUCCGUGCUGUAGAGCCAGAGUUCAAGCACUUCUACCAGCAUCUUGAAUGCCUGCCCAAUAGUCCGGGCAAGCUCUAUGAUCGCUGCUUAGAGCGACGGUCUUUGAACUUGGGCACUCGUGCUCAGCUGGCUAAGAGGAUCUUUCAGUUCCAAGCCAAAAAAGGAGGACAUUGAUGAGAGACCAACUCGGGAGCAAGUGUGAGUGUUUUGCUUGUGUGUGUGCAAGUUUAAGCAUGUCUGUAUGUGUGUAGGUUUUUUGUAUGAGUAUUUUUUAAAUUAUGUAUUUCAUUGUCAGAGGGACUCAAUAUGUUUAGUCUGGAAAAAGGUUGAAAUUGUACUUACAGUAAUUCGUUAACAUUUUGAUAUACUUGCUACUUUGUAUGAUAUACAUAUAUUAUAUAUGGGGGGCUAGAUUUAUGUGGCAGGGGAGGGGAAGAUGUGCCCAUCGUAAGUGCUAUGUUUGGUCUUAUGUACUUACGGUGAAAUUUAUAAGUUAAGAGUACGGUAGUCAUGACCUACUAUGUUUUACUUCAGUUUAAUGGCCAGUCACAACUUGCCAUAAUAAAGUGUUUUCUCUGACCCUGUGACCAGUGACGAUUGUAUAGUGAGUUUGGGAUUUGAACAAGAUGAAGAGGCAAGGCAUCUGAAGAGUUGAGUACCUUUGAGAUACGAAAAUGUCUCCUUGGCCUUGUUCAACCUGUCGCCUGUCCCUUGCUUCCCAAUGCCUUCAUCUUUCCUGUCAGCUUUUAUUUUCUGUAUCUGUUUUAGACGCAUAAAACAUGUGACAGUACAUGCAAUAGAUACCGACCAGUGAUGCCAGUAAGCAAAUGUGCCUCCUUUUGGCUACCUGAGUGUUGCUCUUAGUUCUUUUGGAAAUUUUAGUUGGUGGCUCUUGUAGUAGUGGGAGUAUAUGAUGGGCGUCACUCACAUACAAGUCAGUGAAAGUUGACCUGUAAUUACAAGCUGAUGUCUCUCUCCCCCCCUCAAAAAAAAAAAGAAGCGUUUUACUCGCCUGUUCCAUAUGAUAUGUCAGUUUCUACACAGGUCUGUCUACACCUGCCACAUAAAUCCGGUUCAUGGGAUAUUGUAUGCUGUUCAAAUUGUCCCAGUAAAAACUAUAAAGAUCGCUGUUCUAGAGGUUUUUUUUGUUGUAAUAUGACAUUGAAGAUCAAAUGGUUAUAUUUAUUAGAGCUCACUAACAAAAGUCAUGAUAAAUGACUUAAAAGUAUAAAUGAAAAGCGAAUUUUGAAUCAUACAAUCAUCAUUCACUGUAAAGAAAGUUUGAUAUUUUCUGACAUGCUUGUGAUUCUUCUAUGUCUUUGUUCAGUUUUACUAGCUGAGCUGUGCUUUAAUUGCUGAGCAUUGAGCUUGUGGAUAGAAAGUACCAAAGACUGUUUGAGUGGCUAUAGGCAUAAAAACCAGGGAAUGUGUAAAGAAGCUCUUAUUCUUGAAGUGGAAAAAAAAUGUGUUACAACGAGGUGGAAUCAGGCGCUCGUCAAUUUUUGGGCAUGUAAAGUUAUGGGUUUUAUCAUAAAGAUUGUUCAUUGGUCUUGCCUUUGAUGAAAAACUAUCCAUCUGCCUUGAAUAGAAGUUGAGAUAUUUGCAUUUGAAGGAGGUUUAGGUUGCCUAGUUUCAGAGGUAAAAUUAAUGAGAAAAUGACCACCAAAGUUUAUUGACUUUCAUAGUUUGAGAGUUCUGGGAAUAUGAAAAUUUACAUUUUUUGUGCCUUUGAUCAAUAAUUUUGAUUAUAUUCUAUACAGAAAUGUGUUUUUAAAUAACCAAAAAAGUAAUUCUAAAAAAUUUGGCAACCAACGGAAAAUGCUAGUUUCUUUGAUUUCACUAUUUUGAUGAGGGCCUGUUUUCACCAUGAUGCCUCACGUAUUGAGAUAUAGAAUGUCAAAGCAUAGGACAGUUGUUACAAUUUUGAUUUAUAAAAGUUGUGUUUGUAGCUUUUAGGGUACUGCCAUAUGUUAUUACAAAAUGACAAAGCUUGUGAUGCAUUUAUGCAUUUAUAAUGUAAAUUGUCCAUUAUUUAAUCUGCUUUCCAUUGUUUUUUGUAUGUUAUUCAAUUAAUAUAUGUGCUAGUGAGUUAUGGGUUGGAUUAAAUUUGUAAGAUUUUCCCUGAAAGAAAUCUAAAUUAAAAAAAACAAACCAUUAGUUCAAAAGUCAAGAGUUCUCCCUCUUAAGUUUUCUGCUCUCAUAUCCAGUCAUUUAAAAGUUUUAAAAGGUAUAAUAAUUUCUUUUUCAUUCUUGUAAAGAAGUCAUGCAAGUCUCAUGGUCAUUCAUAUUAGUAGAAGCAGUGUGUAAGAGAUCUACUCAUUACCUUUAUAUCUAAGUUUCAUGUUUCAUUUUAUUAUGGGCCUAUUUGUCUAUACUGCCUGUCAGUCACUGAUUUGUAUGAACACCUUGCAAUAAAUUUGGAAUUUGAGUUUUUGAUAGCUUGUCCUACCACAAGUAUUGACAGGAUUUUCAGAAAAAUGCCAUGCCAUGAAGGAGUACGUAAAAUAUUGCUGUCAUAGCCUUUGUUUCAUGUCUCGUAUAUUGUCUACUGAAUCUUUUGGUAUUGAUCUGGCUUUCAGUUCAGGACAAUUUUUUCUUUUAAAAACUUAAUGAAUAAGAAUUUCGAGUCUGGUGGACUCAGUAUGUUGAAAUAAAGUUCUUGUUGAAAAUAUUUAUUGGAAAUUGCAUAAUAUUUGUAUCUUCAAUUCCUAGCUUUGAAAAAUCUGUCUGCUAAACAUCAUGGUGCAGUUACUUUAGAUCGUUUCAUUGCUAUACAUUGUGAUGCAAGUUUUGAAAACUGCGAUGUAUAGACAUACUUUGUUUUUUACUGACCUGGAAGCAUAAUACAUCAUCUAUAUGUUUCUUGUUUUGGCUAAUUGUGUUUUGAUAUCAGACUUACAGUUUACCUCAUCUCGUAAAUAAUUAUGACUUUUUAUUGUCUCGUUAACUUUUAUGGAAACUAUGAUAUACUGUAAAAGGGAAUGGGGAGGGAAGGGAGAUGGCUGUAUUGUUAAUUUGAUUUGCAUUUAGACUAUUCUGGGUAUAAUUGUUGUAAUUUAUGAAAGCAAAAUAGCCUACUAAAUUGUAGGUUCUACCAGCUUUACUUGGGUGUGGAAUGCAGGGUGCUUUUUAUACCUUUGUGGUCCCUUUUUACAGCUCAUGAUGGUGAAUGACAUAUUUCCUCUCCUGCUCAGAAUCUAGUAAUAUCUUGUUUCAUUUUACAAAAAUUGUUUUAGUUAAAUUGUCUUCGUCUGUGCAGUUUUUACUUCAGUAUUUAAAUCCUUGUUGUGACUUUUGGCAUAUAUAAGUAUUUGUUAUUUGUGUUGUGAGGAUUGUGCCUUCCUUUUUGUGUUUUUUCCUAAACAAUACUGAUAUCAAGGACUUUCAGAAUAGCACUUACCUGAUCUGUGCAAAAGUAAAAUUAUUUUUUUCUUGAGUUUUGGGUUUAAGUAUAUAUAUUCUUUUACCACAUUCAUCUUUAAAAUUCAUCCGCAAAUUCAGUCUUUUAUCAAAGAUAACUUUGUCAGCAUUCAAGAGAGGGUUGUGGGGAAUUUUUAGUGAUCAUCAUAUGCUCUGAAAUCUGGACUUUCUAUUUGGGUAAGUAAAAAAAUAGAAUUGUACAUACAUCUAUAGUGUAAGACAGGGAUAUCAGCAGUUGUAAGGUAGAUGAAGCUAGAUGAUUUUUCAAAAUCUUCUAGAAUGUUGCCAUUGCCCAACAGACUGACUCAUUUUCAUUGACAUUGUUUUGAACAUUAAACCUUUCAGUGCUGCAUAGUUUUGUCUCAUGAGCAGGCGAAAAAGAUUUAACAAAAUUUAACUAACCUCAUUCACAAAUAUGUGCCACUUUAGAAAAUAAUGCUGACUGCAGGAAAUAGAAUGUGGAAUUUAAUGGCAGAACAAUUAGAAAAGGAUUUCAUGAAUUAUUUCUGUUUGACCCACAACAACCAAAAUGGCCCUUGACAAGAAGCAUUGAAGGGGAUGACAUUUUUUUGUUGCAUAUUGUAUAAUGUAUGACCAAAAUGGAAUAGUCUAUGUACUAUGUGUCCUACACAAGUGUACAAAGCUGAAUUUACAAAUUUAUGAAGUUUAUAAAAAAAGGGGGCUAAUGGUAUGUUUUACAAGAUUUACAAUGUGCAAUACCACUUUGGCCUCAUCCUGUGACUGUGUCCCCCUUUUCUGCCAUGAGCUGGACUUUGUCUUCUUGAGUGAAAGUUGGUAUAUGUUCAUAUGUAGUCAUAUGUUUAAAUGAUAUUCAUCUGCUUGUGUAUAUAUACUCACUUGCUGUGAAUCCACAAUGUGAUUAUGGAUGUUGAUAUGUGUUUUUGUGUCCUGGCCUGGUCAAGUGUGUUCACAUGUGUGUAUGCGUUUGUGUUCUUGGCUUUGCUUUGUCAUUUUUUUGUGUUACCAUAUCACACAUGCAGUGAUGAGAUUCUUAACAUUAACCAUCCUGUCUGUUAGGGUUGGCUCUUUUUUCAUUAAAUGAAUGGAGUUAACUGAGGCUAUCGCCUAGUCUAGGAGGAAUUUCAUCUGAGAGAAAUGCUCUAUUUUACAUGUCUUUUUUUUAAUGAGCUAAGGAAGCCCUUGUUCGGAUUUUGCAAACCAAGCUGAGAGAAGUUAGUGUAGAUUUACUUCACCCAGAAAUUGUUCACUUUCAUGUGAAGAGUUUAUACUUUUGGGAACAGAGACAAGCCUUAUGAUGGAAGACAUGUUACUACAAGGACUCAUUGAGCACAAAUUUACCAGUACCAGGUUUUUGUCAGAUGACUCAGGUAAACUGAGGCUAACAAUAGAUCUUAAUUAUCACCGUUAUCUAAUCUGCAAGUUGGUACAUUUUGAGAAGCAUGUAACACAAAUUUCUGCUGCUCAUUCUGUAUUAUGGUGUUAUUUUAAGGCGUUUCAAAUGGUAAAGAAAUUGAGUGUAGUCCAUUGUUCUAAGCCAGUGAAGCCAAAUAGCUGACAUUUUGGUUAAAAGUGAUAGCGUUUAAGUCCAUUGUCUACUCAUGUGCUGCUGGUUGUAUUGAGAUGGUUUAUUACCUUCAUGUGGGACCUAUGUUGGAAGGUAAUCAGCACAGUAGUACACUGUAUUUACAUUUAAGUAGAGUGCACGGUUAUCCUUUUUGUAUAAAGUGGGAGACUUGAUCUGUUGUUUUCAGCAUACUGUUGCUUGAUAAAAAGAUUAAUAAUUUGUACGAUUUAUGUCCUUACCUAUAUUUGUUUUGUACGAUUAUGGGUCUUGUUGCUUUAAAAGUAUAUUACAUGUAUUGCUUUCUUUAGCUUUUUAAGUGUUCAUGAGGAAGGAAAGGAUACAACUGAAGUUGAGAGGGAAUGAACUGACCAUGGUUGUGUGGGAACAAGUGUUUUAUUGUGUCAGUUUGCCAAAAGGAUUGUGAGUUUGUGAGGCAGCUGCCAUUGUGUUCUCAGUAGUGACACUGACAUAUUUGUUCCAGCUGAACGGGACAAAUUCUACAAGCCCUUGUCUCACUUCACACUGCUUUCAGUUUCAGGCUAUGACAUGUUGGUUGAGUUUGAGAUGUUGAAUAUAUCAUACAGUGUAGAUAUUUUUUUCUGUGCUAUGCAAUUUUUUUUUUUCCCUGUGACAUAGUUUACUGCAAUUUUACUUAUAAACUGCUGCAACUUUUCCACCUUUCUUUUCCCCUGACUAUGCAAUGAUGUUUGGAUUUUCUUGAAGCCUAAAUACCAACCAUAAGUGACCUUGGUAUACAACUUAAGGAUCCAGAGUAUUAAAUUAUGAUUUUUAUCUAUUUAUUGUCAUAAAUAUCAAACUUAAUGUAUGAAUGUGUUUGUUAAAUUUGUGUAUUUAAAUUAACAAAUGUCCCUAAUUUUGAGAGUUUUAUUCAGAUCAGGAUGAGAUCAAAUGUUUAAAAAAAAUUUGUUUUUGAUUUUUUUUCUUUUU